AUGGAUAACACAAAACGUUCCGCACGAGGAGAGCGUGGAGAGCGAGUUAAUGGUCAGAUCAAACUCACGGGUACCAAACUCACCAGACGUCGUAUACCCCUGUCAUGUCAAGCUUGUAGGGUCAGAAAGUUAAAAUGCAACAGAGAAAAACCAUGCCAAAACUGUGUAGUAAGGGGAGAUAUAGCCAUCACUACUUGCUCAUAUGCCGAGAAGAAUGAUGCUCGUUUACUGAGGCUCUAUACUUUGCAACCAGAACAAGAAGAUAUGAGAGCACGAAUCAAUCGAUUGGAGAGCUCAAUUCUAUCUGUAAUUUCUAGGGAGAAAAAGAACAACAUCUCUCCUCUCCCUCCAAGUCUCGGAGAAAAUAAUGAUGAUCAUGCCGGUCAAGCAGGUGGCCAAAAUCUUCUGUCGAUACAAGGACUCGGAGCAAUGAAAGAUGCAUGGAUUGAUGAACACGAUCAAUUCGAGACACCAUUGCCACCAGCAACAGCUUUAUAUCGACCAAGUCUAUUAGGGAGUCUUACUGAACCACCUGACCGCGCAACGAUACUUGCAUCUUUACCUUCCAGGAAAGAGGCAGAUAAGCUUAUUGAACGAUUCUUUGAAAGUUAUAACCCUUCCAUACCAGCAUGUUGUAAGUGGCCACUGACCAGAACUAUAUCUAUACCGGAUGGGUGUAUCAAGGAAGCUCACGAAUAA